GGACGAGGACGAACUGCCAGUUGAAGACAUUUCCAAAAUCGGCGAAGCGGACUUGGGAACCCGACAAAGUCGUCAAUUUAGCGCUCACGUCCGCAUGUCCUCUUGCAAUGAUGAAGGGCUAUCUUAUUCUUGCGAAACAAAGAUCCGGUCAAAUGGCAUCCGCAAAAUUUACAAGACGAGGUACAAUUGCUGUUACGGUACCGUUCGUGAGGCAGGUGAAUUCGGCUGUCACGCCGUCGAGUUGCGUAGCCUCCAGGAAACCGUUUUCGCCCUUGGCGGACGCAGUUUUCUUUCCCUAAUGGCGGAGGCUGAAGUUGACCCGAAAUUCCUCAACCAAAACCACACUUAUUUUGUUCCGGUUGAUCGUUCCUCACCUGCAGCCAGCGAUGUAGCUAAUGAUGUGAAUACUCAGAACGAAGGGCUGACGACCGAUGUUAAACAGGAUGAGUCGGUCCGCUUGCGUCGCCAGGCCACCACCAUCAUGCGGAUGGAUGCCGAGCCCCGUGACAUGACCGAAGUUCGCACAGUCGUCCGUGGUCACAUGGUGCCCGGAAUCUACCUCACUUCAAAUUUCCGCGACGAACAGUUGCUGGAGACGGAAAAUAGCGAGGCCAAGAUCCGCAUCAAUAUGUACAACGCUCCGGCUCGCAUUUAUACAGCCAACUGCGUCCGUUUGGUCUCGACAAACAAUUACGCCCACCAGGGUGUUAUUCACAUGCUCGAUGGAGUCAUGAAACCCGCCACCAAGACCAUCGCCCAGUUGCUGGAAUCCGAGCCGCAUUUUUCAUCCUUCCGCAAACUACUCAGAGAACAAGAUGUCACCAUGUUCAGCCAAUCCGGCCAGUUGACAGUGUUCGCUCCAACUGACGACGCCUUCGCCAAAUUGAAUCCGGAAUUGAGAGGGCGUCUCCUGAAAGGCGAGGGCUGCGUGCACAGCGUAGUCGAACACCACGUGCUGCCCAAUGUGAUCUGCUCAACUGUCAUCCAAGGGCGGGCCCGUUCGACUUCUCUCCUCGGCUCUUCCCUGCUGCUGGAACGUGACUUGGAGGGCAAACUCUACGUUAACGGCAAACAGGUGAUUACACGCGACGUCGUGGCCUCUAACGGCGUUCUGCAUGUCAUCGAUGGCGUCCUCAUUCCGGAAAACGCUCGCAGCUUUAGUCAACUUCUCUCCUCCCACAAUCUCACCGAGUUGGCCCGUUUAGUCGAAGCCGCAGGAAUGGUCCCCAUGUUGGAUUCCCUCACCAACGCCACGCUGUUCGCUCCAAAUAACUACGCCAUCCGCUCCAUUCCAGAUGAGGUCAAACAGUCGUGGAUGACCAAUCCUGAGAAACUGAAACAAGUUCUUAUGUACCAUUUGGUUCAACCCGGAGUCCGUCAGGCCGGCCUAGCCAACAACCAAAUGGUCGAGACUGGACUCAAGGGCCAGAGCGUCCGCAUGAACUUUUAUCAGUCGAUGCCGUUCUUCAAUGCGGCGCCGCUUCGGGCCAGCGUACAGUGCGGCUCUGUUCUCCGCUGGGAGCAGGAUGCCUGUAAUGGUAAUGUCCACAUUAUUGACCGAGUUAUGAUCCCACCGGAGAAUAGCAUCACUCAAUGGUUGGCCAACAAUCGCAGUUUCUCUAUUAUGACAACACUCCUUAAGGAUACCAAAUUGAAUGAAAUUCUCAGUGCUGAGGGCACUUACACCGUUCUGGCGCCUCCUGAUGUGGCAUUCUAUCAAAUGCCCGAAGAGGUCUUAUCCGAAAUUACAAAAGAUCCCCGUAAAGCCGCCACUAUUUUGAAACAACACAUUCUACCUGAACACGUGUGCUGUUCUGGAUUCCGCGGUGAUUGGUUCACCAGCAACCGCCGUCGCACUAUCGAUGGAAGCUGGAUAUCUCUCCAGCGCCACCUUGACGGAAGUCUGACUGCUGGAGACUCUCACAUUCUCUCGUGUGAUCAACUAGCCCUCAACGGUGUCAUUCAUGUUGUGGAUCAGGUCAUUAUGCCAAAAGCAAAUGCUCUACCGUUCUUGUCUGGCACUCGACGACUUGGACUUCCCGGAAUGGAACUGAUUUUGAAUCAUGGCAAACAAAAAAGAAUUUAAGUUAAGCAAAUCGACAUACAUCAUCAAAAUUUGAUAGCCAAGACCGUUCUCUACAAUACCGUUUCCAUAUUUUUUAUUUUUUUUAUUUACGCUGUUCUUUACGUAAGUAUCAUCGAUUGGGGGAAGAAAGCAUUUUCCUGUUUUGAGUUAUUAUCAACCUUUUAUUCAAUGAAACGACUGUAUAUUUAUUCGUGAUUGGUUUUUUUUAUUUCCUUACUCUAUUGCAAUAAUUCGGAUGAGCAUUAUUUUUUUUAUUAUUCAUUGUAAUAUUAUUAUUACUAUUCCGUUGUAGCCCAUCCGGUUAAAGUUUGCUUUGCUGGACAAUACAAAAUGUAAUGUAUGGGAU